GGACGGGCGCCGGACCCUUUUCGGUGCCGGACUUCCUUUUUGCCACCACGAUGGCGCUGAGCGGCCAGAAGCAGGAUGAGGCCGGAGUUGAGGAGGAAGGGAUGGCCGAGGAGGAGCGGACGGACUCGGAGUCCGAGGAAGAAGAGGGGGGUCUGGCCAGGCCUGGGCCUCGCAGGCACCGCGGAGGGGGAGACUUUGCCUUGGGCUUCAUCUUUGCUGAGAAGGAGGCUGCCUUUGCAGCAGGAGGCGGGAGCUGGGCCGAGGCGCUGGGGCAGAUGCUGCGGAAGAAGAAAUCAGCCACCAGCCUCGACGAGAAGAUCGCGGCCGUGAGGAAGAGGAGGAGGGACCAGGAGAAGCAGACCAAACUGGGCUCAGCGAAGCAGGUGGAUGAAAAAGUGGACCAGGAGGAUGAGGAGAAGGCAAACAGCGAGGAUGAGGAGGAGGAAGGGAAAGAGGAAGAGGAGGAGUCAGAGUAUUCCUCAGCAGACGAGAGCCUCUUUGCCAAAGCGGAUACACUCAAACUGAAACAGCGGCGGAAGCGGAAACGAGGCGGCGAAGAGGCAGAAGAGCUGUGUUUUGGGGAAGAUGCUUCUCAGUACGACGACAGCCUCUCCUUCCAGGACAUGAACCUCUCCCGGCCUUUGCUGAAGGCGAUAUCUGCCUUGGGCUUCAAGCAGCCGACCCCCAUCCAGAAGGCCUGCAUCCCAGUGGGGCUGCUGGGGAAGGACAUCUGUGCGUGCGCAGCCACAGGGACAGGCAAGACGGCAGCCUUUAUGCUCCCGGUGCUGGAACGCCUGAUCUACAAGCCCCGCCAGGCGCCGGUCACGAGGGUCCUGGUGCUGGUUCCCACCCGAGAACUGGGCAUCCAGGUGCAUGCCGUCACCAAGCAGCUGGCCCAGUUCUGCAGCAUCACGUCCAGCCUGGCAGUGGGUGGCCUGGACCUCAAGACCCAGGAGGCCGCUCUCCGCUCGGGACCAGACAUCCUCAUUGCGACCCCCGGCCGCCUGAUUGACCACCUGCACAACUGCCCCUCCUUCCACCUGGGCAGCAUCGAGGUCCUCAUCCUGGAUGAGGCUGACAGGAUGCUGGACGAAUACUUUGAGGAGCAGAUGAAGGAGAUCAUUCGCCUGUGUGCCCGCCACCGCCAGACGAUGCUCUUUUCUGCCACCAUGACGGAGGAGGUGAAGGACUUGGCCUCAGUCUCCCUGAAGAACCCUGUCCGGAUCUUUGUGAACAGCAACACAGACGUGGCACCCUUCCUGCGGCAGGAGUUUGUGCGCAUCCGACCCAGCCGUGAGGGGGACCGGGAGGCCAUUGUGGCAGCGCUCCUGACCCGGACCUUCGCCGACCACGUGAUGCUCUUCACGCAGACCAAGAAGCAGGCGCACCGCCUCCACAUCCUCCUGGGCCUCCUGGGCCUGCGGGUGGGGGAGCUCCACGGGAACCUCUCGCAGGCGCAGCGCCUGGAGGGCCUCCGGCGCUUCAAGGACGAGCAGAUCGAUGUGCUGGUGGCCACGGACGUGGCGGCCAGAGGGCUGGACAUCGAAGGAGUCAAAACAGUGAUCAACUUCACGAUGCCCAACACCACCAAGCACUACGUCCACCGCGUGGGGCGCACGGCUCGGGCAGGUCGCGCCGGCCGCUCGGUCUCCCUGGUGGGGGAGGAGGAGCGCAAGAUGCUGAAGGAGAUCGUCAAGGCCGCCAAGGCACCCGUCAAGGCCCGCGUCCUGCCUCAAGACGUGAUCCUGCGCUUCCGGGAGAAGAUUGAGAAGCUGGAACCGGACAUCUAUGCGGUGCUGCGCCUGGAGCAGGAGGAGCGGGCGCUGCAACGCUCGGAGGCCCAGAUUAACACAGCCAAGCGGAAACUGGAGGCGGAAGCUCCAGAGGCGCCGCAGAGUGGACCCCGCAGCUGGUUCCAGAGCAAAGAAGAGCGGAAGAAGGAAAAGCUGACCAAGGCCCUUCAGGAGUUUGACCUGGCCAUGAGAGGCAAGAAGAAGAGGAAGAAGUUCAUGACGGACUCUCAGAAGAAGGCCCAGCCAACGCCGGAGGAACGGGCCCAGUUUGAGAUCCUGAAGGCCCAGAUGUACGCGGAGCGGCAGGCCAAGCGGAGCCGCCGGCCCCAGAGAGCCAGGGCCUUGCCGGAAGAGGCGCCAUCCACACAGAAGGGGGCAGGAUCCAAGCAGCAGCGCAAGAAGGCGUCCGUCUUUGACGAGGAGCUCACCAACACGAACAGGAAGGCUCUGAAGCAGUACCGCGCUGGGCCCUCCUUCGAUGACCGCAAGCGCCUGGGACUGGUCCGGAAGAAGGGAGGGAACUUCAAGUCUCGCUCCAGGUACAAGAGGAAGUAAGGAGAGGGCCUCUUCCCGGGGGGACCCUAGGAUACCUUUCCCGCUGCUGUCUCCAGCCCUCUUUGUGCCUUGGGAGGAGCAACCUCCCUCCAGGUGUGGACCUCCUGCUGGUGGGGUGAUAUCUGCCCUUGUCCUUCCGGGAGAUCUAUCAGCACACAUUGUUGUCACUUGCCUGGCAUCCAGAGCAUUGUGUGGACACAUUUUGGAGAGUGUUGGUGGCUUCGGAGGCAGCAGCACAGUUGCUUUUCCUGGGGAACAUGCCCACCUGCCUGGCCUAUCAUCCUCUGGUGGGUCUCUCCAUGCAAAUGCCCCUGUUGCUCUUGAGGGUUCAGAGGGUCCAUACCUGGAGGGUCCGUGUCCCCAGCUCUGCGCCCCUCUUUU